ACUUCUCAACUUCACGUUCUAUACCAGUCAGCAUUCUCAUUAGUGCACUAAUCAUUUUAAACCGAGCAUUAAUUUACAUAGAAUAUUUUUUAAUAUAGUUUUAUUGUAGAGUAGAUUAGACGGUUUAGACCCCUUCCAAAUCUAAGUUACCCCGCUUCUAUCUUAGACUGCAUCAUCACUUAGGUACCAAAAACCAACCACCACGUGAGAUCGCAAUCAAAGGCUACCGUUAAAUCAAUAAAAAGUAACCGAAUGAAAUAUGACUAUAGCAGAAUGUAAACAAGGCACUUUAAGAGGUGUUGUUGUAAAGAAUAACGAUGUGACAUACGUUGCUUUUAAAGGAAUACCGUACGCAAAGCCCCCGCUUGGUUUAUUAAGAUUUAAGGCUCCUGAACCCCCAGAACCUUGGCAAGGCGUGCGGGACGCCACGAAGCAUGGGCCGGUAUGCCCCCAAUAUAACGAACGUCUACAGCGUCUAGAAUCCGGUAGCGAAGACUGUCUGUACCUCAAUGUUUAUACCACAACACUCACACCAUCUCGACCGUUGCCAGUCAUGGCAUGGAUUCAUGGCGGCGCUUUCUACACUGGCUCCGGAAAUUCGGAUUAUUAUGGACCUGAAUUUUUCAUGAAACAUGAAAUGAUUCUCGUAACAUUUAAUUACAGAUUAGAAGUCCUCGGUUUCCUUUGCCUCGAUAAUAAAGACGUACCUGGUAAUGCUGGUUUAAAAGAUCAAGUUGCUGCUUUAAAAUGGAUAAAAAAUAACAUAGCCGCAUUCGGAGGUGACCCUAAUAAUAUUACAAUUUUCGGCUGCAGUGCUGGCGCUGCGUCUACGUCUUAUCAUCUUUUAUCAAAAAUGAGCCACGGUUUAUUUAACAAAGCCAUUUGCCAAAGCGGUGUUUGCCUUAAUGAAUGGGCAUACAGUCUAAACGGUCUCGAUCGGGCAUUUCAAUUAGGAAAAUUCUUGGGUAAAGAUACGAAGGACCAAAAUGAAUUGGUACAUUUUUUAAGAAAUGUUCCGGUACAAUCUCUGGUUAAUGUAAAAUUACCUUCACUAGAGCUUGGUAAUAAAGAUUUGGUAGACGGUAUUGUAUUUGCUCCUGUGAUUGAAAAAUCAAAUCUAGAAGUCGAAAAUUUUAUAACCGAAGAACCACCGGAAUUGGUUAAAAAAGGACGAAUUUUCAAAGUACCCAUUAUUUUAGGGUAUACAUCGGGCGAAGGAAUAGAGUUAGGAAGGAAUUUUCCUGCAACUUUAAACUUUCUAUUGAAAACAGGCGUCGUUGUACCGAGGGAACUGAAAUUUAAAUUUAAUAAAGAGAAACAGGAAGAAGUAGAUAAAAAAAUUCGGAAUUUCUACUUUAGGGGGAUCGAUUUAAAUGAAAAUAUGCUUCAAGAAGUGAUAAAUCUCGAAACGGAUAGAUUGUUUGCAUACAAUAUAUUUAGAUUUGGGCGCUACCACAGUCAUUAUACAGGUAUGCCUGUUUAUAUUUACAAGUUUACUGCAGAAACAGAAAGAAACUAUACGAAGAAGUUUUAUAAGAUGGAUACAGUGCCCGGAGUUUGUCACGCGGACGAUUUGCCUUACUUCUUCAACAUAACAUGUUUGGAUAUUCCGUUGACUGAAGACUCGAAGUCUAUUAUAGAACAAUUAGUGCAGCUGUGGUUUCAAUUCGCUGCCACUGGGAAUCCUACGUCACAAAGUACACUAGAGUGGAAACCCUUUACAAAUAAUGAACGAUACUGUCUUGUAAUUGAUAGAGAUCUUAAGUGUGAUUUAGAUAUCGAUGCUGUAAAUAUCGAUUUUUGGGAUGAGAUAUAUGCUGAUAAAUGAUACAAUUAUGGUUAACGGUGAACAGAACAAUCAUCUAUAAGCGAUCUUCACGAUGCAUUUUAUCCAAAUUGCCACUUAAAAGAGUUUUUUUUAGCACUUUGGUGGUAUUGAUGAGAUUUUAAUAUUAUAUGUAUAAACAUA